AUGCUAACCACCCCGACCCCCUGGGUGCCCUCCGUCCCCGGAACCCGCGACGGCGACUGCAGCAACAUCACCUUCCUACGGCAUGACGGCGACCCGGCCCUGAGCUCGCUGAUGUUCACCCUCGGGGUGGUGGGCAACGUGGUGGCCCUGGCCAUCCUGGGGGUGCACCGGAAGGAGCUGCGGACCAAGACGUCGUCCUUCUGCAUCCUGGUGACCGGCCUGGCCCUCACGGACCUGCUGGGCACCUGCGUCGUCAGCCCUGUGGUCUUCGUGGCCUACUCCCGCAACGCCACCUUGCUGGGGAUGGCAGCGGGCGGGAGCUGGCUCUGCGACCUCUUUGCCUUCGCCAUGAUGUUCUUCAGCCUGGCCGCCAUGAUGAUCCUCUGUGCCAUGGCGGUGGAGCGCUGCCUGGCCAUCAGCUACCCCUACGUCUACGCCCAGCACAACCUGCGCCGGUGGACCAAGUCCGCCCUGCUCCUCAUCUACGCCGUCAGCGCCUUGUUCUGCGCCUUGCCCUUCGCGGGCGUCGGGAAGUACAAGCAGUACUGCCCGGGGACCUGGUGCUUCGUCCACAUGGACAAGCGCCAUGACGCCGCCUUCUCCCUCUCCUACGCCACCCUCAUGGCCCUCCUCAUCCUCGCCAUCUUCCUCUGCAACGCCCUGGUCAGCAGCAGCCUGUGCCAGAUGUACCUCAAGCAGAAGGCCCGGCGGCGCGGCUCCGUCAACCUGGCCCAGCGGCGGCGCAAGAGCUGGUUCAGCCGCGGGGAGGAGGAGGUGGACCACCUCAUCCUGCUGGCCCUCAUGACCGUCAUCUUCGUCAUCUGCUCCUUGCCGCUCACGGUCCGAGCCUACAUCGGCGGCAUCUCCCCCGACGGCCAGGAGAGCCAGGCCAUGCUGGCCUUCCGCCUCAGCGCCCUCAACCCCAUCGUGGACCCCUGGCUCUUCAUCAUCUUCCGCAACUCCGUCUUCCGCAGCAUCAGGGACUUCUUCUGCUGCCGCCUGGGCUGGCUCUCUUUGCCCGGGAAGCGGAAGGCCUCGGACAAGGUGGGGAUGCAAGGCCUCUCUUUCCACGACAACGGCGUCUGA